AAAACAGAUUGAGUAUCUCUAAACACAACUUGACAAUUGUAAAACAAAACCUCAUUUUCAGUACUGUUAAACAUGUUUCCAGAAACAAUUAAUAUGAAUGGUUCCAUGAAUGGAGAUGCUGUAUCUACUAACCAUAUUACCUACAACUAUGAACGCAUCGAGAAAAUUGCCCGAUUUCUUGCUUCCAGAACAACAAUUAAACCUAAAUUGGGAAUCAUCUGUGGCUCUGGACUCAAUGGGAUAACAAGUCAAAUGAAGGACGGACAAAUCAUAAAAUACAAAGAGAUUCCUGAUUUCCCUCAAUCAACAGUUGCUGGCCAUGAUGGUGUACUAGUGUUUGGACUGUUAAACAGUGUACCAACUGUUGCAAUGAAAGGCCGUUUCCAUUCGUAUGAAGGACAUGCACCCGAAAAAUGUGCUUUACCAGUCAGAGUUAUGAAAUUACUCGGUGUUGAGGUAUUAAUUGUGACCAAUGCUGCAGGAGGACUUAAUCCUGAUUACAAUGCUGGAGAUAUUAUGAUAAUUAAAGAUCACAUUAGUUUACCUGGUUUGUCCGGUGAUAGUCCAUUGAAAGGGCACAAUGAUGAACGAUGGGGACCUCGAUUUCCUGCUCUCAAUAGAGCUUAUGAUGUCAAUUUGAUCAAGAAAUUUGAAAAUUGUGCCAGACAAUUAAACCUAAGUGAAGGUUUACGUAAAGGAGUCUAUUUUAUGGUCUCUGGUCCAGCUUACGAGACGGUAGCUGAGUGUCGGUUAAUGCAAUUACUUGGUGCUGAUGCUGUUGGUAUGAGUACAACACAUGAAGUUACCGUUGCUGUACAUUGUGGCCUCAAGGUUUUAGGCCUUUCUCUGGUCACUAAUAAAACGGUCAUGGAUUGGGAUUGUGUUGAUACACCUAAUCACACUGAAGUAUUGGAGGUUGCUGCUAAAAGAGCGGGUGACAUGGAAUUGUUAAUUAACCAUUUCGUUUCCACAAUUUUCAACAGUUAACUUUUAGGAAAAACAAACUCUUUUUUUUAAUCACAAUCAUCAUCUAUAAUUAUCAUGAGAUAUUUCCAUUUGUUUUUAAUUAUCUGUAUCUAUCUGAUUGAGUGUUUCCCCGAGAUAUUGGCAAGAUUACAUUUAUUAUCUUAGAUUGUAUCGAGUAUCAAAUAGUUUUUACCUUCAUUUUCAUCUGUGGAUUCAUUUGUUUCACUAUUUAUCUCAGCGAUUCCAAUCAUUAAAUGCCAAUAUCUAAUCGAUAACUUAGUUUGACUUAGAUAAUAAUUUACCUUAAUGGUAAUAAUUAUGUAAUAUUCAAUCCUGAAUCAAAAUAAACUCCUGUUAUUACAAUCUAGAA